AUGCUUGGACCAGUCGAAUACGGUGUUGAUUCGGAUGCCAGAGGAGUCCCCUGCUCGGUAGUCGAGGACGAAGCAGGAUCCCUCGCAGUUGACGCGGAGGCUGCAUCGCGUCCUGUCGUUCCAGGCUCGGAGGUCUCUGCUGAGCUCCGUGAGCUUUUCGCCGCGGAAGGUGGUCCCCGAGACUUCGAGCUCUUUCACCUUCUCGGAUUCGCCGAUGACGACCAAGUUGCCAGGCUCCCAGCGAUCGCCUGUGUGCUUGUUCACAAAGAUUCGGUUGUCCGUUGGGGAUCCCCAGUUGGAUGUUAUGAAGAAGUCUGCCGCGUUGAGAUUGAACACGCUCAUCCCUGUGAACAAAAUGUAGACAUGAUUAGGAAAUGA